AUGGCAGCACACAGGAGCGGGCAAGUGAACAGCGACGAUAAGCCAACGCUGCCUGUCGCGCAUGCGGUGCUCAACCAGAAAGUCUUCGGAGAUGAACGAUCGGCGCUCGUCCAUAGACAGCCGCCGAACAAAUACUACGUUAUGCAAACUCAUCAGAGCGACAAUCGCCGCAAGGAGAAGCCUGUCCUGAACGUCGUAAACGACGAGGAGCUGUGUGAAGAGAAAAAACCUUCGGAUAGGCGUUUCAAGCUAGUGCACGGGUCCGAGACAACUUGA